GAGCCGAAGAUGAGGCCCAGGGUGGAGUGCUACUCUCCAAGGUUUUGGCUGGUGCUGGCAGUCCUCGCAACAACAGGGAGCGGGGCCCACGCCCAGAAAAGCCACCCGAGCAUUGGCAUUGCAGUCAUCCUGGUGGGGACCUCAGACGAAGUGGCCAUCAAAGAUGCCCACGAGAAAGAUGACUUCCACCACCUCUCAGUGGUGCCUCGGGUGGAGCUGGUGGCCAUGAAUGAGACAGAUCCCAAGAGCAUCAUCACCCGCAUCUGUGACCUCAUGUCUGACCGGAAGAUCCAAGGGGUGGUAUUCGCCGAUGACACAGACCAGGAAGCCAUUGCCCAGAUCCUGGACUUCAUCUCUGCCCAGACCCUCACUCCCAUCCUGGGCAUCCAUGGAGGCUCCUCUAUGAUCAUGGCAGAUAAGGAUGAGUCAUCCAUGUUCUUCCAGUUUGGCCCAUCAAUAGAACAGCAAGCUUCUGUCAUGCUCAACAUCAUGGAAGAAUACGACUGGUACAUCUUCUCCAUUGUCACUACUUACUUCCCUGGUUACCAGGACUUUGUCAACAAGAUCCGCAGUACCAUUGAGCACAGCUUUGUGGGCUGGGAGCUGGAGGAGGUCCUUCUGUUGGACAUGUCCCUGGACGACGGGGACUCAAAGAUCCAGAACCAGCUCAAGAAGCUCCAAAGCCCUGUUAUCCUCCUCUACUGCACAAAGGAAGAGGCCACCUACAUUUUUGAGGUGGCCAACUCAGUGGGUCUGACAGGCUAUGGUUACACGUGGAUCGUGCCCAGCCUGGUGGCAGGGGAUACAGACACAGUGCCAUCCGAGUUCCCCACCGGGCUCAUCUCUGUCUCAUAUGAUGAAUGGGACUAUGGUCUUCCUGCCAGAGUAAGGGAUGGAAUAGCCAUAAUCACCACGGCUGCUUCUGAUAUGCUGUCUGAACACAGCUUCAUCCCUGAGCCCAAGACGGCGUGUUGGGUGCCUACCAGGUGGACCCCAUCUCUGUCCUGUUUCCACAGGUACCUGAUCAAUGUCACCUUUGAAGGCAGGAAUUUGUCGUUCAGUGAGGACGGAUACCAGAUGCAUCCCAAGCUGGUCAUCAUCCUUUUGACCAAGGAGAGGAAGUGGGAGAGGGUGGGGAAAUGGAAGGAAAAAAAGUUGCAGAUGAAGUAUUACGUGUGGCCGCGCUUUGAGCUGUAUCCUGACUCUGAGGAGCGCGAGGAUGAUCACCUGAGUAUCGUGACCUUGGAAGAGGCACCAUUUGUCAUUGUGGAGAACGUGGACCCCCUAAGUGGCACCUGCAUGAGGAACACGGUCCCUUGCCAAAAACGCAUCGUGACUGAGAAUAAAACUGAUGAGGAGCCAGAUUACAUGAAGAAAUGUUGCAAGGGGUUCUGCAUAGACAUCCUCAAGAAAAUCUCAAAGUCUGUCAAGUUCACCUAUGACCUCUACUUGGUGACUAAUGGCAAGCAUGGAAAAAAGAUCAAUGGGACGUGGAAUGGAAUGAUUGGAGAGGUUGUCACCAAACGGGCCUAUAUGGCUGUGGGAUCCCUCACCAUUAAUGAGGAACGUUCAGAAGUGGUGGAUUUCUCUGUGCCCUUCAUUGAGACGGGAAUCAGUGUCAUGGUGUCACGUAGCAAUGGAACUGUCUCACCUUCUGCCUUCUUAGAGCCUUUCAGUGCUGACGUAUGGGUGAUGAUGUUUGUGAUGCUGCUUAUCAUCUCUGCGGUGGCUGUCUUCGUCUUUGAGUACUUCAGCCCUGUGGGCUAUAAUCGGUGCCUUGCUGAUGGCAGAGAACCAGGAGGUCCCUCUUUCACCAUUGGCAAAGCUAUCUGGCUGCUGUGGGGGCUGGUGUUCAACAACUCUGUGCCAGUACAGAAUCCCAAGGGUACCACUAGCAAGAUCAUGGUGUCGGUGUGGGCCUUCUUCGCUGUCAUCUUUCUGGCCAGCUACACUGCCAACCUGGCUGCCUUCAUGAUCCAAGAGGAAUACGUGGACCAGGUGUCCGGCUUGAGCGACAAAAAGUUCCAGAAACCAAAUGACUUCUCACCCCCUUUCCGCUUCGGGACGGUUCCCAACGGCAGCACGGAAAGGAACAUCCGCAACAACUACCCUGAAAUGCACAGCUACAUGGUGAAGUUCAACCAGAGGGGCGUGGACGAUGCGCUCUUCUCGCUGAAGACUGGGAAGUUGGAUGCUUUCAUUUAUGAUGCAGCAGUGCUAAACUACAUGGCUGGCAGAGAUGAAGGCUGCAAGCUGGUGACAAUUGGGAGUGGGAAAGUGUUUGCCUCCACUGGCUAUGGCAUUGCCAUCCAGAAGGACUCAGGCUGGAAGCGCCAGGUGGAUCUUGCAAUUCUACAGCUUUUUGGAGAUGGGGAGAUGGAGGAGCUGGAAGCUCUCUGGCUCACUGGCAUUUGUCACAAUGAGAAGAAUGAGGUUAUGAGCAGCCAGCUGGAUAUAGAUAACAUGGCAGGUGUCUUCUACAUGUUGGGAGCAGCCAUGGCCCUCAGUCUCAUCACCUUCAUCUGUGAGCAUCUCUUCUACUGGCAGUUCCGCCACUGCUUCAUGGGUGUCUGCUCUGGCAAGCCUGGUGUGGUCUUCUCCAUCAGCAGGGGUAUCUACAGCUGCAUCCACGGCGUGGCCAUUGAAGAGCGCCAGUCAGCAAUGAACUCCCCCACAGCAACUAUGAACAACACCCAUUCCAACAUCCUCCGCCUGCUUCGGACAGCCAAGAACAUGGCCAACCUGUCAGGGGUCAACGGCUCACCACAGAGUGCCCUGGACUUUAUCCGCCGCGAGUCAUCCGUCUACGACAUCUCUGAGCACCGCCGCAGCUUCACCCACUCAGACUGCAAGUCCUACAACAACCCCCCCUGCGAGGAGAACCUCUUCAGUGACUAUAUUAGUGAGGUGGAAAGGACCUUUGGCAAUCUCCAGCUGAAGGACAGCAAUGUGUAUCAGGACCACUACCACCACCACCACCGCCCCCAUAGCAUUGGCAGCACCAGCUCCAUCGACGGGCUCUAUGAUUGUGACAACCCGCCCUUCAACGCCCAGUCGCGCUCCAUCGGGAAGAAGCCCUUGGACCUGGGCUUGCCCCCUGCCAAGCACAGCCAGCUGGGUGACCUUUACGGCAAAUUCUCCUUCAAGAGCGACCGCUACGGGGGCAGUGGGACCCACGACGACCUGAUCCGCUCAGACGUCUCUGACAUUUCCACUCACACGGUCACCUAUGGCAACAUUGAGGGCAAUGCAGCCAAGAGGCGGAAGCAGCAGUACAAGGACAGCCUGAAGAAGCGCCCAGCCUCUGCCAAGUCCCGGAGGGAAUUUGAUGAGAUAGAGCUGGCCUACCGCCGGCGCCCGCCCCGCUCACCUGACCACAAGCGCUACUUCAGGGACAAGGAAGGGCUACGGGACUUCUACCUUGACCAGUUUCGGACCAAGGAGAACUCACCGCACUGGGAACACGUGGACCUGACGGAUAUCUACAAAGAACGGGGAGAUGAGUUUAAGCGUGACACGGGAGGAGGAGGAGGGGGUGGAUCCUGCACUAACAGGGCCCACCACAAGCACGGCUCGGGCGAGUUUGGUGGAGGCAAUGAGCACAAGCAUAGUGUUGUGAGCGGGGUCCCAGCGCCGUGGGAGAAGAACCUGACCAAUCUAGACUGGGAAGACCGGACCGGGGCUAAUUUCUGCCGCAGUUGCCCUUCUAAGCUGCACAACUACACGCCAUCAACGGUGGGGCAGAACUCUACCCGCCAGGCCUGCAUCCGCUGUGAGGCUUGCAAGAAAGCGGGCAACCUGUACGACAUCAGUGAGGACAACUCGCUCCAAGAGCUGGACCAGCCGCCUGCCCCUGUGCCCGUGGCCACCAGUGCCACCUCCUCCUCCAAAUAUCCUCAGAGCCCUUCCAAUUCUGCCUCGAAGGUGCAGAAGAAGAACCGCAACAAACUCCGCCGGCAGCACUCCUAUGACACCUUUGUGGACCUGCAGAAGGAUGACUCGGCCCUGGCCCCCCGCAGCGUCAGCCUCAAGGACAAGGGCCGCUUUUUGGAGGGGAGCCCCUACGCCCACAUGUUUGAGAUGCCAGCCAGUGAGACCACCUUUGCCAACAACAAGUCCUCAGUGCCCGCCACCAGCUACCACCACCACAACAACCCCGGCAGCAGUGGGGGCUACAUGCUCAGCAAGUCGCUCUACCCCGACCGGGUCACCCAAAACCCUUUCAUCCCCACUUUUGGGGAUGACCAAUGCUUGCUCCACGGCAGCAAAUCUUAUUUCUUCAGGCAGCCUGUGGUGGCAGGAGGGCCCAAAGCCAGGCCAGACUUCCGAGCCAUUGUCACCACCAACAAGCCGGUGGUCUCAGCCCUUCAUGGGGCUGUGCCAGCCCGUUUCCAGAAGGACAUCUGUAUAGGGAACCAGUCCAACCCCUGUGUGCCUAACAACAAAAACCCCAGGGCUUUCAAUGGCUCCAGCAACGGGCAUGUUUAUGAGAAACUCUCCAGUAUUGAGUCUGACGUUUGA